AUGGCUACUAAUGAAGAGUUCAUAAGAACCCAGAUAUUCGGCACAGUCUUCGAGAUAACUAACCGUUACUCAGACUUGAACCCCGUUGGUAUGGGUGCCUUCGGGCUGGUGUGCUCGGCUACAGACACUUUGACUAACCAACAAGUGGCAAUCAAGAAGAUCAUGAAGCCUUUCGCCACAGCGGUGCUGGCCAAGAGAACCUACAGAGAAUUGAAACUUCUGAAACAUCUGAGACAUGAAAACUUGAUCUGUCUCCAGGAUAUCUUCCUGUCGCCACUCGAGGAUAUAUACUUCGUCACCGAGCUGCAGGGAACUGAUCUCCACCGCUUACUACAAACCAGACCUCUAGAGAAGCAAUUCGUACAGUACUUCCAUUAUCAGAUAUUGAGAGGUCUGAAAUACGUUCACUCAGCAGGAGUAGUCCACAGAGAUUUGAAACCAAGCAAUAUCCUAAUCAAUGAAAACUGUGACCUGAAGAUCUGUGAUUUCGGACUUGCAAGAAUCCAGGACCCACAGAUGACAGGCUACGUCUCCACAAGAUACUACAGAGCCCCCGAAAUCAUGUUAACUUGGCAGAAAUACGACGUCGAGGUCGACAUAUGGUCCGCAGGGUGCAUCUUUGCCGAGAUGAUAGAAGGUAAACCUUUGUUUCCAGGUAAAGACCACGUCCACCAAUUCUCCAUCAUUACUGAUCUGUUGGGUUCUCCUCCAAGUGAUGUCAUUGACACCAUCUGUUCUGAAAACACAUUGAAGUUCGUCACUUCUUUACCACAUAGAGACCCUAUUCCAUUCUCUGAAAGAUUCAAGACUGUCGAGCCGGACGCAGUUGACCUACUGGAAAAAAUGCUGGUAUUUGAUCCAAAGAAGAGAAUUACCGCAGCAGAUGCAUUGGCUCAUCCAUAUCUAGCACCAUAUCACGAUCCUACCGACGAACCGGUAGCAGAGGCAAAGUUUGACUGGCAUUUCAAUGAUGCAGAUCUACCAGUAGACACAUGGAGAGUUAUGAUGUACUCAGAAAUACUGGACUUCCAUAAAAUCGGAGGCACAGAUGGUCAAAUCGAUACAUCCGCAACUUUCGAUGACCAAGUUGCAGCUGCUACGGUAGCUGCUGCUCAAGCCCAAGCACAUGCAUUGGCACAAGCCCAGAUGUCUCAGAAUAUGAUUGACCCAAACCAACUUCUAAAUGAAGAUGGUACACCAGUGAGUGGAAGCAUAGCAGAGAACAGCUCGAAUUCUGCAACAACUAACCUAAACGGUGCUGCUGCAGGUAUGAACAGUGCAAGUGAUACUAUCAAUGAGUAUGCUAAUCAAGCAGUGCAUUUUGCAAAUGAAUUCCAACAAUAA